UCAUGACACGGCUCAUUUUAUAGUCACUGACAUGGCUCAAGAUAAAAGGUUAUGUUAAAAUGAUAUCAGGCAUUGAAAAAUGAUAAAAUAAACUAAUUUUGUUUGAAUAGAUAGUGACAGAUAAAUCCCUUCCAUGGUUUAUCAAAUUCCUAUAGUGUGCGGAGUUUUGUUUAGAUAAAAAUGGUUCGUAACCCAUAGACACAAACCCUAAUCAAUAUUUCACGAUAAAAUGGAUCUCCGUUCGGAAUAAUCCGCCCUCACUGUGCAAUAAGGGAGAGCGCAGAUCUACAGAUCGCGCGGUCGUGAGUUCGAUCUUUAGGUGAAAAGUAUAUACUCUUUGACAAUUGUUAAAAGACUUUGUGUCCGAAAUAAUUAGUUCUCCACCUCUGAUACAUGUGGAGAAGUUGGCAGUUGCUUGCGGAGAACAGGUUAGUACUCGUAAAGAAGCUCGAAAAACAGAAAACUGAAAUACUGUUGAAAAACCUGCACUUAACAUCCCCCUGCCCCCAAAAAUAAAUAGGUUGAAAAAAAGAUACGACAAUAAAAAAAACAAUAACAAAAAAAAAAAAAAAAAAAAAAAAAAAACUAUCGUCCGCACAAAAAAAGCCCUCUUUAUUUCAUACUGUGGUAAUAGACUGAAGUCAUAUUAUCUGUAGGGAACUGUUUAAGAGGGAGAUGUUUGAUAAAAUAUUCAUAGAAACUUGUUUUAUCUGCUUUCGACCCGUUGAGAAAAUUACAAAAUCAAUAUAGAUAAAGCUCAAUAGUUAAGGGUAUUAUCCGUUAACUUAAGGUUGUAUAGAAUAAUGUUUUAAAUACAUGUUGUUUUUAGCGUUCGAUCUUUUUUGUUUACGCUAAAAGUCCAAUUGUAGAAGAAUGAUUUUUAUGUAUUUUGUGACAUAACGAUAUAUACUUGACUCAUUUCAGGAAAACAAGGAGUGUCAUAACAUGUGGAUAUAAAUGUCAUAAAAAAGGGAAAGGCGGGCCAAGUUACAGAUCUACCAAACGGCGAGGGAGAGACAUGGAGGUGGUCCAAGUUCCCGCCAUUUAUAACAAAAAUCGAGAGGCAACUCAUUUCAUUGUCAGGGAUUUUCCAAGUGACAAACUCGGACUGUCUCCUGAAUUCUGCGAGAAUGGAAUCUACAAAGGCAUCUGUGAAAUGAGCCUGUCACAUACUUUAAAUCGGAUUAAACAUGGCUGUAAUCCUAACAUUAUAUGUGCCAAGAGCGGGAACACUUUACUGCAUGUAAUAUUGGCAGAAGCCAGUCCAAUGACAGAAACAAAAUAUGUACCGUUUGUUUACCAAUUGUCUUUCGCUAAUGUGAAUUUUGACGUCAUCAAUAAGGGAGGACUAAGUCCUUUAAGGAUGUCAAUCAAAAUGCAUUUAUUAGAACUUAUGAUAGCGCUUAUAAAAUGUGGCGCCACCUGUGACAUUGAAACUGAUCUCGAUUUGAUUACUUCCUGUUCCGGUCCAGUUGAAUAUGAAUUCCGAGCGGCGUACCGAAAAUUCGCUCCGGGGUAUUGGACUCCAGUCGAAGAAGACAACGCAUUUAAAGUGAACGUUCUUGUCAAAUCUUGGUGUAGAAUUAACAUCCAGAAAAACGGCAAAUCUUUGAUAGAAUUUGCCAAAGAAAAAGGGGCUCAAGAAAAAAUUGUGAAAAUGCUAAUUGAAAAUGAAGUGACCAUGGAAUUCGCACAUGCAACAAUAGCAGGUGACGCUGAACGAAUGCACACUUUGCUACAACAUUAUACGAUUGACCUAGAUUCAAAGGAUUACUCACAUCGGGAGAAUUUUUUCGAGCCAUAUUGUCCAUUAACACUUUAUGGUGCGGCCUUAAAGUACGGCCAUAAACAUGUACUUCAUCUACUGAAAUAUUCAGGAGAUAUUACAGUGAAACGUUUGCACGGUGUACCCAACUCAGUACCCGUUCACUCCCAGUCUACUGUGUGCAUUAUUUUAUGACCAGUAAAGUUCGGUUUGAAUCUAUCUGUGAUACAUCCAAAGAGAUUAUAUACUUUUGCCAUUUGUGUUGAGUAUUCUUUUCGCUAGUCACUUUUUGAAUAUUGAUUUAUAAGGAUGCAUUAUCAAAGAAAUACGUUUCAUUUUUU